UUUUCUUCUCUUCCUUAUUCUGCCCCCGUAAUCUCCGCUCCCUGUCACUGCUGCCAUCUAGCCCAGCUCUUCGCGUCUCACCACAUCCCCGUACCCACUAGCUAGUCGUCCAUGGCCCCAGCCACACCAGCUACAGCCCUUCCGAGAUCCAGGUUCAACGCCUCUGCAUCAACCGCGGACCCUGCACAUGUCACAGCCACGAUAGCCCCAGCGGAGGAUGCAGCCCAUAAAAACACCAAACAUGACUGGCAAGCAGCUGAAGACCCAGACUUUGAGCACCCAGAUCACGUAAUCCCACCACGAAGCUACGACGGCAUAGAACAUCUCAUCGUUGUUUGUUGUCACGCCAUCUUUCUUCCCGACGCUGAAUCCUCCAACUUUGCCCUUCACAGCCCCCACUACGAGCCCCAUUGGCUCCUGGCUCCUUUCCAAAAGUCGGAUCCAGAGACACGAAAGCCCGGUGAACAUGAGACUUUCUUGGCGCACGUGAAAGCUGGUCUCGAUGCCUUGACUAUCGGAACAGACCCAGAACAUCCGCCUUCAAGCCUUUUGGUCCUCAGCGGUGGCGCAACAAAACCCUCCCAUACUCCUAUUAGCGAAGCGCGCUCCUACUACCAUGCUGCCCUAGCAGAAGAGCUGGUCCAAGGACACCACCAUGGUGGUCGGGCCCAUCGAAUGUUCAGCAAAGGAUAUGUGCUCCUAGAGGAACAAGCCACCGACUCCUUCCAAAACCUCCUAUUCAGCAUCCUGCUCUUCAGAAAAACCACGGGGCGCUAUCCAACCAACAUCCGCAUCAUCACGCAUUCCUUCAAAGCGAAGCGUUUCCUCGACCUGCACGCUCCGACGAUUCGGUGGCCAAAGGACCGAGUCCAAGUUCAAGGUAUCGAUCCCGUCAUGUCGAGUACGGACCUCGAAAGCACGCUGCGCGGCGAAGAGCAGAAUGGGUAUGCACAGUGGAAAAAGGAUCCACUAGGCACCGGGGAGCUGCUGAGCGGGAAGAGGAGGCAACGCGCAUGGGAUGAAAGCGUUGCUGGGGAACUAGUAGAGGGAUUGGAAGCAAGCGUCGAGGAGCUUCUUCAAGGUUCGAUUCCCACCGAAUUACCUUGGGAGCAGCCGACGACGAAAACUACAUAAGCCAUGAAAUUCAAUAUUGAUAC